CUUUGAUAAAUAAUAAUAUGUUUCCUUUUGUCAGCAACUUAUUCAGAAACGAUUUGCCUCUGUACUUUUUUGACGAUAUCUUUACUCAAGGACCUGGGAUAAGAGUAAGAGUUCCUCGUCCGCCAUAUACAAAUAGACAAUUUAGAGAUUAAGCUCCAAAAGUAAUAAUUGAAUUUCUAAAUAAAAAGAAGCCACCAAGUUUGAAGUUGAUGUAGAGUGUUAAAAAGCCAUUGAAAGAUUAUUAAUAAACCUAAGGAUAAUACUGGGCUAUCUUGGGAGAUGAAGCUUAUGAAGAUGGAGAUUACUUUGGGUCUAUAACUCAUUAUACAAAGGCAAUCGAAUUAUCUGAGGGAACAGAGGCUUCAUUCUUUAGAAGUCGAGGAUUAGCUUUGAAAUUAGCAGGAAGUUUGGAGCCUGUAUUAAAUUAUGAAUAUUAUCAUUUAGGCUUAUAGAGAUGCAUUAACAGCAAUAGAGUUGGAUGACAAGAACAUAAAGGCUCAUUUAUUGUGUGGAUAGGUAUUGGCUGAGCGCGGAAAGAGUGCAGAUAAUACUUAAGAUAUUGAGACUGCAAUAACAAGAUUGACAAAGGCUAGAACAUUGUGUGCUGGAUAAAAAAAGGAAUAUUAUGAGGAUGAAUUAAGUAAGUACAUUUAUAGAGCUAAAAAACUAUUAUGGUACAAAAAUUAAGAAAUAAAUAAUAAGAAUAAAAGAGUAGCGAUUGAAAACUACAAAAGUUUUUUGAAUUCAAGAUAGGAUUUAAAUGGUGAGUAACGUUAAAAGGAGUUGGAGGGUUUCAUAAAUUCAAUAGGUAAUCCAGAUUAGAAAUAGGAAUAUGAUAUCCCGAAUUAUUUAAUAUGUAAAAUAACAUUGGUAAUAAUAAAAUGAGAUUAUUAUUAUAUAGGAAUUAAUGGAAAACCCUGUAGUGAAUGAUGCUGGUCAGACAUAUGAGCGUGAUAUGCUGAUUGAGGCUAUAAAGAAGAAUGGGCCAAAUGAUCCUACAACGAGAUAGCCAAUCAGCAGGAACUUUUAUCCUAAUCUUAAUGUGAAGUAAGCUACAUAGGACUUUUUAUUGAAUAAUCCAUGGGCAUUCGAAUUUUCGAAGGGAGAGGAUUAUUUAAGCAUUGAAUUCUGA